CUCAUACCCAGUAUCAACCCAACACUUCUUGCUUCUCAUGCUUUGGAUCCAAGUGCGUACGAGCCCUACGAUCCAGACAAAGACCACACUUCUCAGUGUCUGUCCAAGCGUAUCACGAUUGGUGUUGCACCUUAUCGCGAGUCAUCCCCCCCAGUGAAACAACAGUUCCCCAAUACCAGCACUCAAGAUGGGGCGGUUGAUGCAUGUUGCAACAUGCGCUCUCAAUCAAUGGGCUCUCGAUUUCAACGGCAACAAAAACCGCAUAGUAGAGUCCAUCCGGAUCGCAAAGAGCAAAGGAGCAAAGCUCCGCGUCGGGCCUGAGCUGGAAAUCAGUGGUUAUGGCUGCCUCGACCACUUCCUUGAGGGGGAGAUCUACGAGAACUCAAUGGCUAUGCUCCAACAAAUUCUGGAAGACAAGUCCCUCCACGACAUCAUCAUCGACCUUGGCAUGCCCAUCCUCCAUCGCGGCAACCGCUACAACUGCCGCGUGGUCAUACUGAACUCCAAAAUCCUCAUGAUUCGACCCAAGAUGCAUCUCGCCAAUGACGGAAACUAUCGCGAGAUGCGCUACUUCAUCCCUUGGAAGAAGCCCCUGAAGGUGGAAGAGUUUGUUUUGCCUGAUGAAAUCGCUGCCAUCCAAGGCGCCAGGAAAGUCUUCAUCGGAGACGCUGUGCUGAGUACAAACGAUGCUUGCAUCGGUGUCGAGAGUUGCGAGGAGCUUUUUGUGCCCGAAAGCCCGCAUAUCAACAUGGGUCUGAACGGUGUAGACAUUAUUACCAACUCCUCCGGCUCGCACCAUGAGCUGCGCAAGCUGGAGACCCGUAUCGCAUUGAUCCUGGAGGCUACGCGCAAGAAUGGCGGCGUGUAUUUGUACAGCAACCAGAAGGGAUGUGAUGGCGAUCGUCUUUACUAUGAUGGUUGCGCCAUGGUCAUUGUCAAUGGUCAGAUCGUCAACCAGGGAAGUCAGUUCAGCACGACUGACGUCGAGGUUGUGACUGCUAUCGUGGACAUUGAGGAAGUCAACUCAUACCGCACAAGCCCGUCAAGAGGCGCUCAAAGCCAGUCAGCUCCCGAAUAUAAACGCAUUGACGUCGACUUCUCUCUCGGACAAGGCGAGACUGAUCUUGAUCUAGGCGUGUUUCCCAACAAGCCCCAGCCGCUGCGUAUCCACGCCCCAGAGGAGGAGAUCGCCCUCGGCCCGGCGUGCUGGCUGUGGGACUACCUGCGUCGGUCCAAAUCAGCAGGCUUCUUCAUUCCGUUGUCCGGUGGCAUAGACAGCUGUUCCACGGCAACACUCGUCUUCUCCAUGUGCCGCAUAGUAUACGCUGCUGUUCAGGAAGGAAACGAGCAGGUCAUUGCAGACGUCAAGCGCAUAUGCGGCCCCUACCACCAUGACGACAAAUGGCUCCCCAGUUCCCCAAAAGACCUCUGCAACUCAAUACUCCACACAGCCUACAUGGGUAUGGCUAGCCAGUCCUCUACCGAGACUCGCUCUCGCGCCGAACGUCUCGCCAAAGACAUCGGCGCAUACCACACAGACCUAAAUAUCGAUCUAGCCUUUGACGCGCAACGUCAGAUCUUCACACAGGCUACCGGUUUCGACCCCAAAUUCAAAGUCCACGGGGGUACCCAGACCGAGAACCUCGCAUUACAGAACAUCCAAGCCCGCCAGCGCAUGGUGACCGCGUACAUGCUCGCCCAGCUCCUCCCGACCGUGCGCCAGCGCGACAACGGCGGCGGCCUCCUCGUCCUCGGCAGCGGCAACGUCGAUGAAUGUCUCCGCGGCUACCUCACCAAGUACGACUGCUCCUCAGCAGACAUCAACCCCAUCGGCUCCAUCUCCAAGACCGACCUCAAGCGCUUCGUCCGCUGGGCCGCCAAGUCAUUCGACCUACCCAUCCUCGAUGAGUUCGUCGACGCCACUCCCACCGCUGAGCUUGAGCCCAUCACUGCAGACUACGUGCAGUCCGACGAAGCAGAUAUGGGCAUGACGUACGCAGAGCUGUCUGAUUUUGGGCGCCUGCGCAAGGAGAAGAAGGCCGGCCCUUACACGAUGUUUUGCCGUCUGGUGCACGACUGGAAGGACCGCGCGAGCCCACGUGAGGUCGCAGAUAAGGUGAAGCGGUUCCACCAUUUCUAUGCGAUCAACAGGCACAAAAUGACGACUAUGACGCCGUCGUAUCAUGCUGAGGCGUAUAGUCCGGAUGACAAUCGGUUUGACCUUAGGCCGUUUCUUUACCCGUCUUUCUGGGAGUCGUACUCGUUCAAGAAGAUUGAUGAACGGGUGGCGUUACUGGAGAAGAGGGCGCAGGAGGGUGGAAAGCAGUAGUACGACAUCGUACACUGUGAUUUUGGCAUGUAAUAGUUGCUAGAAGCUAUGUGUAGAACUGCAUGGGAAGUACAUAUGCAAGCAGCUUUCGACAUCC